UAUUCACACCUUUUCGGGGAAAAAAACUCGUAUCGCUCGUCGACGCAUCGUCCAUCGACGAGGACAGGGAAGGAGCGAAGAUGGACCGAGGAAUGGUUUUUCUUGAGAUGGAAUUGACGGCGACGGUGUGAGAUGUCGUUAGUCUAAACGUGUUUUUCGUGGCCCGAUCGAGAAGCCCGGUAACGUGAAUUGGGUGCCUGAUCUUCCUCGGACUCGUGCAACCAGUUCCACGACGACAAUCUUUCAAGUAGGCGACCAAGCCCGAACCUUGAUCUCCCUCCCUCUUCUUUCCCCUCCAACUUCCUUGCCAACCUCAACCUCCUCUCAUCGCAAUCUAACCCACGCCUCCUUCCAGACCUAUCUGACUCAUCGCUGCUGACCCUUCCCUUGGUCCACUCAUCCUUUCUCUUCCCUCGCUCGGAAUGCAGACGCAACCCUCCACGUCUUCAGACCAAAUCCCGCCUUCUCCCGCCUCCGGCCACUCACCUUUCAUCCCGUACCACACCACCAAGCAUCGCGUCACAAAAGGCCGCUAUAUCACAUCCAAUGACCCCAGAGGCUAUAUCCCUGUCUACGAAUACCCACUCAAUAACCAAUGGGUUAUGAUGGACGUGGAUGAUGGCUAUGUCCUCUGGACAGGUAUCUGGAAAGCUCUCGGGAAUGCUAAAGCCGAUAUCGUAAAGAUGAUAGAAUCGCAGCCAGAAUUGGAAUCUCAGCUGCGUCGUGUCCGUGGUGGGUACCUCAAAAUACAAGGAACGUGGAUGCCGUACGAGGUUGCAUUACGCUUAGCAAGGAGGUGAGCAUCUGGCAGUUUCUUUACGCACUCAACCGGUUCCGCACAAUCACACACAUGCCCGGUUUUGUAUCGGCCCUGAACUGAAACGGAUUCAUUCAUGCAGAGUUGCAUGGCCAAUCCGUGAAGAUUUGGUGCCUCUCUUUGGACCCACAUUCCCGUCCACAUGUUUAUCGCCAGACCAG